ACGACCCUCGCUCCAAGCAAGACGUGUCUUUCGGGCUCCAUAUCGCUUCAGCAUCUUAUUCCUCUAGCGGAAGUGUCUUCGCUUGGUUGGCGGUUUCCUCCCGCAUCCUCGCAUCGACACAAUGGAUCAUGUAUAUCAUGGUCGUCCUCCAACACGUCGACAAGUACUCGGAGAUGCCAGCUCGCGUGCUAAUGAGGACAAGAGUUCGCACGCACGCCGCAGUGUGAAAGGCGGUUUGGAAGGGAGCGCUACGUCCUCUCCUGUCCGCCUUCCGCAUAACGAGUCUCUCGAGCCUAACGGCAGUCUUGCAGUACGACACCCGCCGGAACCGUCACCUGAAAACAAACGUCUCUCCGCCGUUAUAAAUGAUGGCGCUCGUCCACACAACCCUAAGCGUGACUCUGAGAUAUCAAACGCAAGCACCAAUGCGUCAGGUACGAGCCGUCGACGCAAGACCUGCAUAGGACCUUGGGAGUUGGGCAAGACUGUAGGGCGCGGAGGAUGCUCAAGGGUUCGCAUCGUUAGACAUAUGGGCACGGGCGAGUAUGGCGCUGCCAAAAUAAUCUCGAAAGCUACGGCGGAGAAAGUCAGGGCAUUGAGUUUGGCGAACUUGAUCGCAUCUGCGGAAACCGAUCCCACCUUGGCUGCCGGCAAGCUCAUUCCUUUUGGCCUGGAACGCGAGAUCUGUAUCAUGAAGCUGUUGGACCAUCCAAAUAUCGUACGCCUACAUGAUGUUUGGGAGAAUCGUAAUGAGUUGUACUUGAUCAUGGAAUAUGUCCAAGGCGGCGAACUGUUUGGCUACAUCGGCGAGCAAGGAAGACUUCAAGAAGUCGACGUCGUUCACUUGUUCCGACAGAUCAUUGCCGCUUUGAUGUACUGCCAUCGCCUGAACAUCCACCAUCGCGACUUGAAGCCCGAGAAUAUUCUUCUGGAUAGAGAAACCGCAACUAUCAAGCUGGUCGACUUUGGCAUGGCGGCCUUACAGCCUGCUGGUAAAAAGCUGACAACUCCAUGCGGCAGCCCGCAUUACGCCGCACCAGAAGUUAUUCGCACAACAUCAUAUGACGGCGCUAAAGCAGACAUCUGGAGCUGUGGUGUUAUUCUGUACGUGAUGCUUACGGGAACGCCCCCCUUCAAUUACUCUGGACAAGACUGCGAUCUCAAGCAUCUCUUCCGUUCGAUUGCUCUAGCCGAUUAUGUGAUGCCGAAUGGGUUGUCAAAGGAGGCACAAGACUUGAUUAGACGGAUCCUUAUCCCGGACCCGAAGCGACGCAUCUCCAUCGAAGGCAUUUGGAAUCACCCCUUCCUUAGUAAAUAUGAUGUUCACUUGGGCUUCGUUGGCGAUAAAGCGACAGUUGACCACUGGGUGGGCCCAAUUCCUUCGAUAUCGGACUGGACCAAGCUUGAGCGGAAUACAAUCGACCGCGAGCUUCUACGAUAUCUUCGAACGCUUUGGCACAGUGAGAAGGAACAGACUUUGGUGCAACGCCUGCUUAGCAAAGACGCCAACCACGAAAAAUACUUCUAUUCGGCACUGCUCAAGUUUCGUGACAGUUAUUUGGAAGAUUAUUCUCCGGGCCCUGAUGUUGUUGGAUAUUCUACUAGUGAUCAUCAUCAUUGCGCCAAGUCAUCCCCGCAAAGCCGCAAAUCUGCCCCGUCCUCAUGGCACAAGCAUUCUCAGUCUGGUUUCUCAAUCCUGAACGACGAACAUUUGUAUUCCAAACACAGCUUCUACGAACCACCACCCUCAUCAGAUGCCAGUUAUGACCCUUUCCGAGCAUCUAGAGACCCAAUCAUACCAGGUCAAAGCCUUACUCAUAAUGUCACCAUCCACCGUGGCUCAGGCAGCACAGGCCGUCAACGACCAGCAACGGCUUUGGGCCAUCGUACGGGAAGCUCGCUACGUGUUCAAGCUAUUAGAAACAACUCCCAGCGCCAAAGUUCUGUGGCAUCGCGUGGUUCCUCCAAAUAUAGCAGUCCUUCAGCCCGUUCACAGCGGUCAGUUGGCGUCAAACGGAGGUCCGUAUCGCGCUCAUCCAUGGCAAGUUCGCACUGGCCGAGCAGUCCACCUGUUCUAGUUCGCCCUGGCAGUAUCGGGAAGCGUGGUGUUAGUUUCUCGCAUCUACGACGAAGCUCAGCCUGCACAAUGGGCACUGGAAGUUCGAGUCCUCGCUACACGCCGGAGCAGCGCAAGUUUCUCAACAGGCGUUCUCGUGAUUCCGUCACUCCGUCACCCCUCUCUCCCCCGCCUCUGCCAUCGCCACUCGCCAACAAAGGUUCGGCCAGAACGCCAGUCAAACCACCCGUGGCUCGAUUGAAGAUUCGCAAACCGGAGAGCCCCAGCAAAUACAUACAGAGUGAAGCGAGAAAGGUCAGCACAGAGCUUGAAAAGGUCAUGGAGGAAGCUUUCAAUCGCGCUUCGAUCGGUGAAAGUAUUCGGACUUCGAACACAGAUCCGUCCAAGGAUGCAUCUGACUACAUGACCCCACCAACUUCAGUCUCCAAUGGGGACUCCAUUGGUAGUGUGCUUAUUACCCCAUCCAAUGCUAAAUCGACCCCCCAAAGCCGACCCCUUCCUCCAGUUCCUAAUGAGACGCCAAAUACAUACGUGCACCGUAAGCUGGCGGAAACUCGAGCCGACAUUGCUUUUCGAGCAGCGCAAGGGGGCGAGAAUACAGCACAUUUCAAUGAGAUUCUCGCUAAACUGGAUAUCCUUAUGGAUCCUACGGUCAAUAUUGCGCAACGUGCUUCCUCGGCGCCUAAUAGGUCUCCAGAGCAGAGCAGUCUAUUGCCAGCUAUCUCCGAAGAGGUCAAGUCUGAUGGAGAUAAUCAGUACGAGCCCUAUAGCUCACCCUAUAGAGCUGUUACUGAUCCAGUCAGGCCAAAACUGCAGGGUCGCCGGGCAUUGACCGAUCAUCCUUCCACUAUACGGGUCGUCGAGCAAUCCCCUACACGAAUUGCACCCCUGAAUAUACGUAAGCGGAGUGGUGCCAGCACGCUUUCAAAGAGCGCCAACGAUCGACUCACAGGUUGGUCGAACCCUGCUACCACUCGAACGGUGCAAUCUUCGCAAGGCCUACAUAACAAGUCUGCAUUGGACGAAUUUGACGAACGCACUACUGCGAGCCCACAGCCAACAGAUUCGUCGAAGGCUGGCGCAGCGAUGAAAAAGAAGAAGUCCCUGUGGUUUCGGCGCAACAUGGAAGCUCAAGAAGAAACGAAGAACAAACCACACGUCGGUUGUCUGCAGAUUCCGGAGGCAUGGCAAGGUCUCGACGAUCGUCUUCAGAAGCACAGGCCCGCCAGUCCUAUCCGCAAUGUUGAGUCUCGACACACAAGAGGAAGCACUAGUAGUGAGUUUGCAAUCCGGCAACCUGGAAUGGAACCUACGAAGAACGAGUUUGGCAAGGAGCGGAAAGGAUUCUUGGGUCUCUUUGGCAAAAAGGCCAAGGAGCCCAAAGCCAAGGCACCUUUGGUAUUGGGUUCCGACAAUUUCAGUACUUCCUCAAUUCUCUCCGACUAUGAUCUCGAAGACGGUUCAGCGGCGUCGCGCAAUCGUGCACCAGAAUAUCAAAUGAACUGGCUCUCAAGAUUUCUGCACAUCAAGCCCGCAAGUGGAGUCUUGUGCUUCCAACUUGGCCGUGGCAAAGUUCGUAACGAUCUCGUGCGGCUUCUUCGAGACUGGCAACGUUUUGGCGUACGCGAUGUCACCUUCGACCGACAGGCCAACACCAUCAAUGCCAGGAUUGAUAAAAAUAAUCAUCUUAGAAUUAAACCGGUGUCUUUCGUUAUUGAGCUCUUCGUCGUCCUGGAACAGGGUCGCCGCGCAAGCCUCUGUUUGGCUCGAUUUACUCAGAUACGCGGCGCAGCAUCUUCUUUCCGAAAGGUGGUCGAUGUUAUCGAGGACGUUUGCCGCUCUCGAACUAUGCUUGUUGAAGAUGAAGUCAGGAAGGCACAAAUGUGCGAGGUUCUGGCUUAAACCCAGCCCGUCCAAGACCAAGUGCAUAAUCGUCUACUUACUGGUGCCUCUGGCCACACUACGUUCGUUGCAAUCAUGCAUGCAAUACAUGCAA